GAUACCUCUUCGGCCGCGUAGGAAGGUUUUUCCAGUUGGGACCGCCCAUUCUUUUACUGAAUUGUCAGUUCCGCCUUAAUUGAGCUCGAUUGGACAGCCCAAUGCAUUAUCGGAUGGCAUUCCAUCUACGUAUCUAGCCUGGGUGCUGACAACAUUUCCUGUAGCUGGCAAGAAGAAUUCUCUUCACAAAUAACUUCCCGUAUCACAUCAGUCUUAAGCGGAGUUCGUGUAGUUCUCACUUGAUGUUCAAAGCUGAAGAAGAGCAACGACAGCUAAACUCGCGGACAUGGCGACAGCAACCUAUAUCGAGGAGACCACAGACCAAGAAGGCGCCGGUUUUGCACAGACUUACCUGACACCCGGAGCCGGUGUGCUGUAUGCUCUGCUGAACACAGUUCUGUCCGCCACCGCGUCACAGUUUAUGGCCCUGGGUAGCCAGGCAGGCAUACCUGGGCUGCAGCUGAUGUUCCUCGCAAACCUUGUGGAGAUUCUUACAGUCUUGCUCUUCCUGCCCUUCUUUAGACCAAAACUGACAACUGAAAACGGACGACAAACUCUACUCAUGGUGCUGUCGACCAUUACGGAGAACUUUGGAACUGCCUUCCAGUAUAUGUCCUUCGUCUUCGUUGUCCCUGGGAUCGCCUACGGUAUCAUGAAAGGAUCCAUGCCUUUGGCCUCGGCCUGUCUUGGCUUUGUGUUCCUGAAGGAAACUGUGGGCGUCGUGGAUUGUUUCGGAAUCGUUCUCAACGUAGCCGGUGUUGUACUAGUCGCAUAUGGAUUAAUUGCGGAGAACACUUUGUCCACGCAGCGUCUGGUGGCGUCCAUUCUCCUUCCCUUGGCAGCAACACUCGGUAGAGCUCCAAGUCUGGUCAUCUCACGGUCGCUCAUCGGUGUACAGAAGGUCUCCGUUCUAACUGUGCUCUUCUACGCCAACCUGCCAGGAGCGGUCGUGCUACUCGGACUGACGUACUUGUUUGAGACCCCGAUUUGGGCGAUGUCGGCACAGACGGUGGGUUAUGUUAUGGGGCUGUGCCUGUGUGUCUGCGGCUCGCAUUUUGCUACAAAACUGUCCCUGAAGACGGAAAAGGCGGGGAUCACUGCCACCAUCAAGACUUUCACCAUACCGCUCACAGUGCUGUUGGACUACGUCGUUCUAUCGGAGUUGCCCAGUCAGCUUAAGUCUGGCGGUGUUGUACUCAUAGUGUUCGGUACCGGUGUAGUGACGGUGUAUACAUGGUGGAGGCAUCGCAAAGAAACUCUUCACAAAAAUUUCAUGCAGAGCUUGGACUUUGAUAAGUAAGGAAAACGUGUUAUUGUAUAAUGUAUGGAAUAUGGUGUACAGGGUACAAUGUAUGGAAACAAUAAUUCUCCUAGACUAAAUAGAAUUAUGACAUGUGCUAGACUAAAUAAAAUUAUGACAUAUGGUCACUAGAAUUCCACGAUCUCAUACCUUGCCCAAAAAAUGUCGUUAAGCUUUACUCCCGACGAUUUAUGAAUGUUUCUCAUGAUUAUGCAAAUAAAGUCCUCGUUUUGUAGCAUUUCCUAACCAACCAUACAAAUAAGGUCCUGAUUAGCAGAAGUCAUGUUAAAUGGUGUUUACCUAUAAUAAAAAGCUGUCUACUUAACAGAAAUAUAGGACAAAGGCGUGUUUUGAGGCGAUUUUUGUACGGGUACCUUUUUUUUUAUCCAGCCAAAUGGAUACAGGAUUGUUCCUUCUCCUUCUUUGGGGGUUUGGUGACAAACAUUGACGUGUUGACCAUUAACUCGAUAACCCUCGUACUAUAAACUCCAUCUGUUCUUAUAUUUACAACUGUGUUAAGAAGCGAAAGAAGCAGAGCCUGUACCCAUGUAGUUUUACUAUGGAUAU